AACCCUAUUCUCCAUUAUCCACACCACACCAUACAUUACAAAUCCCCCCACUCCAGAUAAUUACAUUAAUUAUCCAAUGUGCUAAUGCGGAUUAAGACAUUUCCACUCUCAGUUCCUCAAUAUCGUCCAAUCAAUAAUUCUUCAGUUCCCAUUUUCUCUUUCUAAAAGCUCUCUAUUUGGUAUUUAAUCACUGUUUGCUUCAAUACAAAUUCGGAAAUGGCUUUGCCUCAACUAUUGCAUUCUCCUUCUUCAAUAAUUUCCCACAAAUCUCUCUUAAAUCCUUCUAAUUACCUCUUAAACCAAAACCCAGAUAAAUUUUUUACUACUAUUCACUCAUUCUCUCAUCGCCGGCGGAAACCCAACUCCCUUAGCUGCUCAGCUUCCUCAUUUUCUGAAAAACACCACACUAACUCCCCGAAAUCCGAUGAUGUAGUGGAGUUGCCAUUGUUUCCCCUGCCUCUGGUUCUUUUUCCCGGGGCUAUACUCCCUUUACAGAUUUUCGAGUUCCGGUACCGCAUAAUGAUGCACACCCUCCUCCAGACUGACCUUCGGUUCGGAGUCAUUUACACUGACGUCACUACCGGCACGGUGGAAGUGGGCUGCGUUGGGGAGGUCAUUAAGCACGAGCGCCUUGUGGAUGAUCGAUUCUUUUUAAUAUGUAAAGGGCAGGAGCGUUUCCGUGUGACCAAAUUUGUGCGAACGAAGCCUUAUUUAGUGGCGGAGGUGGUUUGGCUUGAGGACCGCCCCUCGGGGAAUGGCGAGGUGGAGGACUUAGAUGCCUUGGCGAACGAGGUGGAAAUGUACAUGAAGGAUGUGAUUAGAUUAUCCAAUAGGUUGAAUGGAAAGCCUGAAAAGGAGGUUCAGGAUUUGCGGAGGAAUCUUUUCCCUACUCCCUUUUCGUUCUUCGUGGCGAGUACUUUUGAGGGAGCACCCAGAGAGCAGCAGGCAUUGCUGGAGUUGGAGGAUACUGCGACCAGGUUGAAGAGGGAGAAGGAGACACUGAGAAAUACGUUAAAUUACUUGACAGCCGCCUCUGCAGUUAAGGACGUAUUUCCUUCAUCGUAACAAUGGGGAAUGUGGAUAUGAGAUGAUAGGUAUUAUUAUUUGAUUAAGGAACUGUAUUACAUCUGAUAGUUAUACUAGUUAAUGGUUUUCAUCAAUAUUUGUAAAUUUUGAUGCCUAGUAGAUUGUUUCAAUCUUAUUUACUGAUGAUUUUGUGAUACUUGGAAAUCGUAUUAUCGAUAUAUUGAAGCUAUGAUGAAUAGGAAUGGAUUGAAUUGAGUGUUGCUA